AUAAUCAAAACAGCGAAGAAGAAUUCGACGUCAUCGACAGGAGGCGAGAGUCAAAUUGUCUAACGGACAGAAAUCACGCGAAGCGUUUACAAACCAUGGUUUAUUAAUGAUACGAAUUCAGUUUCGAGAGGCCAGAAGCCUAUCAAUAUAGAAAACGAAGCGGUAAAAUGACAAGUAACAGCUUCGUUAGCUAGCGUAAGCUGAUUACAGGGGCAUGGUGGUUAGCUAAGCUAGCCUGCAGCUGCUGCACUGAUCAUGAGCGAAGAUGACAAUUCAGCGCCAUCAAACAAAGACUCGACUCUUCUCCUCACUAAGGACGGACAAAGGUACUAUGUGAGUAAGAGCGGAGUGGUCGACAGCAGAAAUGUAAGCACGCCUCACGAACCGGACAACAACGCCUCGUACGACAUGGACGAUCCGGACGAGGAGAGCGACGUCCUGGACACGUCGGACCCCAGAGACAGCGCCGCCAGCCCGGAGGAGCUCAACGACGACGAGACCUCGGAGGGCGACACCGCGCCCAAGCAGUGCACCUACGAGGGGUGCACGGAAACCACGACGCAGGUGGCCAAGCAGAGGAAGCCGUGGAUGUGCAAGAAGCACCGCAACAAGAUGUACAAAGACAAGUACAAGAAGAAGAAGAGCGACCAGGCCAUGUCCAGUGGGAAGCUGGAUGAGAACUCAGAGGAACGUCCCGUGUCUGUGAACAAACAACGACUGGGCGCCAUGGGGGACCGACCAGCCAGACCCUCCCUCAUAGAGCAGGUCCUCAACCAGAAGAGACUGUCGCUGCUCAGGAGCCCGGAGGUGAUCAGCUUCCUGCAGAAGCAGCAACAGCUUCUGGCUGCACAGAGUCGAAGCCAGUCACAGCAGCAGUUCCAGGGUUGCUGACGAAUGCCGGUCAGAGUUUGAUUUUCGUUUCAUAUAAGAAAAGCAAUGAAGAAGCACUAGGACUACUGACAUGACAAGUUUUCAGAAAACUAUUGUAGCAACUGACCAUGAAAUUAUAGUAUGCUUGGUGCUAUGUUACUUAUAUAAGAUAUGAAAUCAUAUCUGGAAAUCAUAUCUGCUUAAGUAAAAUUUUUGUCUAAUAUUUGUAUUAUAACUGUGAAUUCAAAGAUGUUCAGAUGUUAAAGUCCAGAUUCUGUUUAAAUUAAUCAUGGGAGUUUAACUUAAUCCUGUCUUGUCCAUAAUUUAGUCUAUUUGAGAGUCCCUUGUGAUACGUAAAUGUUUUUUGAAACAAUAAAGUGGAAAGCUGUUGUCUAA